AUGGGACAUGAGGACUCUCACCUUGUGUCUGACAUCUGCUCGGGCUUUCGCCUGACCGGGUGGGUCAGGGCCAGCAAUGUGAUGGAGCCCAAGCUUCGCGCCCCCACUGAGUCUGCUGCCAACUUGUGGCGUAGGCGAAGCGACUUGAAUGGCCAGGUGUGGCGACAGACUGUCUCUACAGGGUGUGAUAGGCUGGACAAUGAGCUCUGGGAGGCUACUGUGAAGGAUGCUUCCAGUGGCUGGGCCAUGUUGCUGCCAGCAUCUGCCUGUGCUCCUGCCGACCUGCUUCUGAGUCGCAGGUUUGCUGUAGUCCAGGGGGAUCGUGUGCGUGCGGUUGAUGACUUCAGCUUCAACGGGUUGAAUGACACGCUUGGCAACUGUGAAAAGGUCACAACCAUGUCUACUGUACACACGACUGCUCUGGGCCUUCGGCUGCUACGAGUGGCUAAGGCGCGCGGCGUGAGCCUGUUGGGGCGCUGUUUCGACUUGAAGAGCGCGUAUCGGCAGCUCCCGAUACACCUGGAUGAUCUGCCGUAUGCUGCUGUUGCUGUGUGGUGCCCUGAAGCGCAGGCUGUUCGCAUUCUGCAGAUGUUUUCGCUCCCCUUCGGAGCCGGCGGCAGUGUGCCAGCCUUCGUCAGGGUGGCUCUAGCGUUGUGGCGAGUACUUUGCCGUUCUCUGUCAGUACCUGCAACACUGUUCUUUGACGACUUUACUUGCAUGGUGCUGUCUCCUGACGCCGCUAGCGCUGAAGCUUCUGUGCAUCUGCUCUUCAGGAUCCUUGGAUGGCGCCUGGCCAUGGACGGCACCAAAGCAGCUCCGUUUUCGGCACUCUUUCAGUCCUUAGGUGUGGUUUUCUGCCUUCACCCAGGUGUUGACUGCAGCCUCUCUGUCACCAACACUGAGGCUCGCAAGGCAGAGGUUGCAGCCUGGUGCUUAGAGAAACUUAGGGCCAAGUGUGCGACACCAAAGGAGUGUGAACAGUUUGCUAGCAGGGUGAGGUGGUUGGCAGGUCAGGUUUUUGGUCGCUCUGCCUCUGCUGCACUUCGUGUUCUGUUGCGCGCUGGCCGUGAAAGCCGCCCUUUCACUGCGCGGCCUCUGUCGGCAGAGCUGGCUUGGGCCAUCAGGUGGAUACUUGAGAAUAUACCCAAGGGCAAGCCGCGACGGUGGUCGUUGGGUACCAGAAAGAAGUUGCAUCUGUUCACUGAUGGUGCUGUUGAGGGUGACACUGCCUCUAUAGGAGGUGUUCUUUGCGAUGGCUGGUGCCAGCCGCUCACUUGGUUUGGUUGUCAGGUUCCCGCCUCAGUGCUCGGAGGAUGGUGGUCGUCCGGCACGGACCAUCCCAUCAUUCAGUGUGAGUUGCUUGCAGCCGUAGUCGCCUGCCAUGUUUGGUCUGACCUGCUGUCUGCUGCCAACGUCUGCCUGUGGGUGGACAACGAGGUUGUUCGCUUUGGCAUCAUAAAUGCUUUCAUACGGCCGCCGUCUGCCAUGCACAUGUUGUCCAGGCUUCUGCAGGCUGAGGUGUCUGCCGACAUUGGCAUGUGGGUCUGUCGCGAACACACAGUCGUCAAUGACAAGCCAGCCAAGAAGGGGACAGACUUCAUCGGCCCCAAGGGGGAGCCGCAGAAGGACGAACGUGACAUCAUCAGGAGCUCGCCUCAUAACAAAAUACCUCUCAGUGCUUGUUGCCAUGCAGGCGAUAAGCCGUCCCGAGGAACGGAUCUGCCGAUCAAGCUGGCCCGAGCCUUCGGUGCCGCACCCAUCCGUCAGGACACCCUCAGGGGUCAGCGAAAUCUCCUUGCAUGCCGCACGCUUGAGGUGGCACAGCAAGCCCAUAACAGGGCCAGACCAUCGGCAACUCAGGUCCACAGAAGUUCGGUGCUGGACUUGGAAGCCAUGGACUAG